AUGACUUCUAUGGAUAUUGAGAUGUUUACAUUAGAACAUCGAAAUGAUGAAAUAUCUUCUGAUAUCAAUUCAAGAAGAACUUCUAACCCAAUUCAGAAUCAACAGUCUGUCGAAACUAUUGUCGAAGAUCUUAACGAGACCGUUACAGUUCCAUCGAAUGAAUCGGAGCACUUUCUGCAUAAGCCGAAUUCAAAGAAAAUGGUCUUCAUGUUUGUUUUGUUCACAUGUAUAUCGAUGAUAAUUGGCAUUCUUAUAGUUAAUUUUUCAUCGCCAAAACCAUUAGGUAAAACAUGUGCAUUUAUUUUGAAAUCGGAAGCGCCAAGUUUAAUUGUUAGUGAUUCUCACCCGCAUUCUAUUGCUGUUGCUGAUUUUAAUAAUGAUCAUCUUCCUGAUAUUGUUGUUCCUAAUUCUGGCACAAGUACUUUGGGAAUAUUUCUUCGACAAGACAAUACUACAUUUAGAGAUCAAAUCACAUAUUCAACUGGUUCCAAUUCACUUCCAUAUGCUGUCUGUGUUGGUGAUUUCAAUUAUGAUCAACAAAUAGAUAUAGCUGUAGCUAAUUAUGGUGCCAAUAAUAUCGGUAUUUUUCUUGCAAAAGGUAAUGGUACUUUUAUGACACAAAUUACUUUUUCUACUGGCUCAUCUCGACCAUUAUGGAUUGCUGUUGGUGAUAUGAACAAUGACAAACAACUUGAUAUAGUCAUUGCAAAUUAUGGUACUAAUGAUAUAGGCAUUCUUUUUGGAGAUGGUACUGGAAAUUUUGGAAAACAAAACACAUUUUCAACUGGUUAUGAUUCUGUUCCAUAUUCACUUGUCGUUUCUGAUCUUAACAAUGAUGGCAACCUUGAUAUUAUUGUUGCAAAUCAUGGCACUGACAAUGUUGGUAUAUUUGUUGGACAGGGAAAUGGUACAUUCGAAGCGCAAGUCAUAAUUAGUACUGGAUAUAAAUCUCAACCUUAUUCAGUUGCUGUUGAUGAUUUAAAUAAUGAUACUUAUAUGGAUAUCGUAGUUGCUUGUUCUGGUUUCAAUACAAUUGGUGUCCUUUUAGGCUUUGGAAAUGGAAGUUUCACAAUACCAUACAAAUAUUCCACUAAUAAUAAUUCAUUGCCAUUGUCACUAGUAAUUGGUGAUUUUGAUAAUGAUACUCAACUUGAUAUUGCUGUAGCAAACUAUGACAAUAAAAGUGUGGGUAUAUUUUUUGGAUAUGGAAAUGGAUAUUUUACAGAUCAAAUGACAUUCUUCAGUGUUACUUACAAUUUUAAUCCAUAUUCUAUUGCUGCUGGUGAUUUCAAUGGUGACAAUCGAUUAGAUAUUGCUGUCGUUAAUUACGAUUACAACUAUGUUGAUAUUGUUCUUACAUAUCGAAAUUAUACUUUCUUAAAUCAAAAUACCUAUUCAACAGGCAAUCAAAGUGGUCCGAAUUCAGUCGCUUUUGCUGACUUUAAUAAUGAUAAGCAACUGGAUAUUGUCGUCGCCAAUUCUGGAACAAAUAAUAUUGGUAUAUUUCUGGGUUAUGGUAAUGGUACUUUCUCAAGUCAAACAACCUAUUCAACUGGAGAUAAUUCUCAACCAUUUUCAGUCACUAUUGGUGAUUUUAAUAAUGAUCAGCAACUAGAUAUUGUCGUUGCCAAUUCUGGAACAAAUAAUAUUGGUAUAUUUUUUGGUUAUUUUAAUGGUACUUUCUCAAGUCAAACUACCUAUUCGACUGGCAAUGGGUCUAUGCCGUAUGAUGUUGCUACUGGUGAUUUUAAUAAUGAUGGACAACUGGACAUUGCCGUUGCCAACUAUUAUGGUUGCAAUAUAGGUAUAUUUCUGGGAUAUAGUAAUGGUACUUUUUCCAGCCAACAGACCUAUCCCACUGGGAACUCAUCUGGACCUCAAUCUAUUGCUAUUGGUGAUUUUAACAAUGACAGUCGAUUAGAUAUAGCUGUCACUAAUUAUAAGGGUUACAAUGUGGGAGUCUUUCUUGGAUAUGGCAAUGGUGCUUUUGCAGAUCAAAUCUCCUAUUUCGUUCCACUUGGCACUACUCCAUCUGAUAUUGCUAUCGGUGAUGUGAAUAAUGAUAAUCAUCGAGAUAUAAUCAUUACUGUCGAUUACAGUUAUAAUAUUCUUAUUUUCUUGGGAUACGGUAAUGGAACAUUUGUCCAAGGAAAUACAUAUUCUACUGGUAGUGGUUCUCACCCAUUUUCAAUUACUGUUGGUGACUUGAACAACGACAAUCAACUAGACAUCGUCGUAUCUAAUUGUGUCACUAACAAUGUCGUAGUAUUUAUUGGAGAAGGUGAUGGAACGUUUUCUAAUCAAAGAACUUAUUCAACUGGUAACAAUUCUUGUCCAACUUGGGUCGUUCUUAGUGACAUCAAUAAUGAUAACAUUCUUGAUAUUGUCGUUGCCGAUAAGGGUACGAAUAUGAUAGGUAUUUUUCUUGGAUCUACUUAUAUGAAUGGUAUACUUGAAGAUACAUAUUCAACUGGAUCUUCUCCACAUCCACAUGGUUUAGCUCUUGGUGAUUUCAAUCAUGAUGGUCAAUUAGAUAUUGCCAUAGCAAAUUAUGGUUUAAAUAAUGUAGGAGUACUUUUAGGACAUACAAAUGGAACUUUUCCGUUGCAAACAGUAUUUUCUACCGGUGACUUAUCUUUUCCAACUUCAGUUGCUGUUGUUGAUCUAAAUAAUGAUAAUGAACUAGAUAUUAUUGUAGCUAAUUCUGCAACUGAAAAUGUCGGCAUUCUUUAUGGAUAUGGAAAUGGUAGUUUCACAAAUUUAAAUAUGUAUUCAACUGGAGUUGGUUCUAUUCCUCAAGCAGUAACCAUUGGUGAUUUCAACAAUGAUAAGAAACUUGAUAUUGCUAUUGUUGACUCUGGCACUAAUAGAGUAUUAACACUUCUCAAAUACGAUACUGGUAGUUUUCGAUUUCAAUCAACAUUUUCCACAGGUACGGAUUCUGCUCCGAGCGCAGUAGCUGUUGCUGAUUUAAACAACGAUGGUUGGUUAGAUUUCGUGUCAGCCAAUUCAGAUAAUGUGGGUAUUUUUCUGGGACUAAGCAAUGAUAUCUUUUCUAAUCAAACAACAUACUCGACUGGGAUUAAAUCGUUGACAAUUGCAGUUACUAUUGCCGAUUUGAACAACGACAGUUAUUUGGAUAUAGUUGUCUCCAAUCUACAUACUGACAAUGUGGGUAUUUUUCUUGGAUAUGGUAAUGGUACAUUCACAAAUCAAACGACCUUUGAUACUGGGUAUCAUUCCGGUCCAAUCGCAGUCGUCGUUGCAGAUUUUAACAAUGAUAGCCGAUUAGAUAUUGCCGUCGCUCUUCAAUUCUCUGGUGGAAUGGGUGUUUUUUUAGGACACGGCAAUGGUACUUUUUCUUCUGUUGUCAUCUACUUAAUUGACAGUAAUGCUGGUUCAUCAUCAAUCGCUACUGGUGACUUGAACAACGACAAUCGAUUAGAUAUUGUCGUGUCCAAUUAUCUUCGUGGCAGUAUAAGUAUUUCUUAUGGAGAUGGUGAUGGUAAUUUUUUCAACCUGACUAGUUAUACAACUGGCAGUGGUUCAGGACCAUCAAUGAUCGUCGUCAGAGAUUUGAAUAACGAUGCUAUAUUAGAUAUUGCAGUUGCCAAUUUCGGUACAGACAAUAUCGGCGUGUUUUUUGGAAAUAUGAACCAUAGUUUCCAUGAUCAAAUCACUUUUUCAACUGGUCAUGGCUCUGCUCCAAAUGCAUUAGUCGUUGAGGAUUUUAAUGAUGACAACCAACUGGAUAUCGCCUUUGUCAAUUUCGGUACUAAUUAUUUAGGUGUUCUUCUUGGAUGCAUUAAUGGUACGUUUUUUGAUCCAUUGACCUAUUCAACUGGUGAGAAUUCUCAGCCAAUUUUUCUCGCUGUUGGUGAUUUUAACAAUGACAAACGUCUCGAUAUUGUCGUCUCCAAUUUUGGUACGGAUAAUAUAGGUAUGUUUUUUGGAUAUGUUAAUGAAGGUUUUCUAAAUGCACCAGCUUAUUCGACUGGAUCUUAUUCUCAAGUAACUUCCAUAGCUGUUGGAGAUUUCAACAACGACACUCGAUUAGAUGUUAUCAUCACCAAUAAUGCUACAAGCAAUGUUAAAGUUAUAUUUGGAUCAGGCUAUGGUACUUUUCUCUAUGAUAUAACAUAUUCAACUGGUAAUGAUUCUCAACCAUGUUCAGUUAGUGUUGCUGAUUUAAAUAAUGAUAAUCGAUUAGAUUUUGUCAUUGCAAAUUCUGGUAUUAAUACCAUUAGUAUUUUUCUUAGCAAUGGUACUGGUACAUUUUCAAAUCAAAUUACCUAUUCUACUGGUGUUGAUUCUCAACCAUAUUCAGUUGUUAUUCUUGAUUUUAAUAACGAUACUCGAUUAGAUAUUGCUGUUGCUAGUUAUGGGACUAGUUAUAUCGGUGUAUAUUUUGGUUAUGGUAAUGGGAGUUUCAUGAAUCAACAAAUCUUCUCUAGCGGCUUUAAUUCACAUCCAUUUGCACUUGCUGUUGGUGAUAUAGACAAUAAUAAUUUAACUGAUAUUAUUGCAACUAAUAAUGGAUAUGGUAAUACCGAUAUUCUUAUGAAAACUUGCUAA